CCCGAGCCGAGCCGGCAUGGGCGAGAGCACCAGCCCCAUCAGCGUGAUCCUGGUGAGCUCGGGCAGCCGCGGCAACAAGCUGCUGUUCCGCUUCCCGUUCCAGCGCGGCGCCGAGCACCCCGCCGCGCAGGACAACAAGCCAAGGAGUCGAUAUGCUGUGAAUGGCUCUGGUGACAGCACAGAGGAUCAAGAUGGGGACUCCAGGUUUUCGGAUGUCAUCCUGGCAACAAUUUUGGCUACCAAGUCAGAUAUGUGUGGCAAAAAGUUUGAAUUGAAGAUUGAUAAUGUUCGCUUUGUUGGCCAUCCCACGUUGCUCCAGCAUGCCCUCGGGCAGGUAUCCAAAACUGACCCCUCACCAAAGAGAGAGAUGCCCACCAUGAUUCUGUUCAACGUGGUGUUUGCACUAAGGGCCAACGCGGACCCGUCGGUGAUCAGCUGCCUGCACAACCUGUCGCGCAGGAUCGCCAUCGUCCUGCAGCACGAGGAGCGCCGCUGCCAGUACCUCACCCGCGAGGCCAAGCUCAUCCUGGCCAUCCAGGACGAGGUGUCUGCCAUGUCAGAGAGUGAGUGCUUUGAGCAGCAGUGGCUCUGUCCAGGAGCGCUCCCUCAGAGAGCCACAGAAGGGCCCCAGUCACCUUUUCAUCACAUCCUACCCAAGUGCAAACUGGCCAGAGAUCUCAAAGAGACAUAUGACAGUCUCUGCACGACAGGGGUGGUUCGUUUACACAUCAACAACUGGCUGGAAGUGAGUUUUUGCCUUCCUCACAAAAUCCACUAUGUUGCCACCAACUUCAUACCCCCAGAAGCAAUUGAGAGGAGUCUGAAAUCUAUCAGGCCUUACCAUGCCUUAUUACUUUUAAAUGAUGAGAAGUCAUUGCUUAAUGAGCUCCCGUUGGACUGCUCUCCUGCCCUGGUGAGAGUAAUUAAAACUACCUCUGCUGUGAAGAAUUUGCAGCAACUGGCUCAAGAUGCUGACUUGGCAUUGCUGCAGGUUUUCCAGCUUGCAGCACAUCUUGUUUACUGGGGCAAAGCAAUUAUUAUUUAUCCUCUUUGUGAAAACAAUGUCUACAUGCUUUCUCCAAACGCCAGUGUCUGCCUUUACUCUCCCCUGGCAGAUGCCUUCUCCUGUCAGUUCCGGGGUCACAACCUGCCCUCCAUGCUGGCCAAGUUCUCCCUCCCGGUGUCCCUCUCCGAGUUCAAGAACCCGCUGGCACCGCCUGUGCAGGAGACCCAGCUGAUCCAGAUGGUGAUCUGGAUGCUCCAGCACCGGCUCCUGAUCCAGCUCCACACCUACGUGUGCCUGAUGGUGCCCCCGAACGAGGAGGAGUUCCGGGCCCAGGAUGAGGACAUGCCCUUCACUGCCAGGGUUGGGGGGCGAAGUUUGAGCACCCCCAACGCUCUCAGCUUUGGCUCUCCAACCAGUAGUGAUGACAUGACUCUGACAAGCCCUAGCAUGGAUAAUUCCAGUGCUGAGCUGAUACCUGGUGGGGACUCACCCCUAAAUAAGAGGAUGACAGAGAAUCUCCUGGCAAGCCUGUUGGAACACGAGCGGGAAGCCAUCCUGAAUGUCCCAGCUGCCCAGAAUCCAGAGGAUCUCCGCAUGUUUGCAAGGCUGCUGCACUACUUCCGAGGCCGGCACCACUUGGAGGAGAUCAUGUACAACGAGAACAUGCGGCGCUCCCAGCUGCUGAUGCUGUUCGACAAGUUCCGCAGCGUGCUGGUGGUCACCAGCCACGAGGACCCCGUCAUCUCCGUGUUCCAGUCGCUCCUCAAAUGACUCUGCUGGCGCAGAGGAGGGAGGAGCCUGCCACGCUCUCUGCCGAGUCUAAAGGAUGCCUAAAAACUGAAUGAAGGAGGUGGUUGCGGUUCCUUCUUGCCACGUGACGCUCAGCAGGUUGUCCCUGUCCGUGCCUCGAUGUCCCAGCUGCUCCCCGAGGCUCCAGGGCCUGCUGCAGGCCAGCACGUGCUUGCUCAGCCUGGGUUCCUGCCCUGCCACGCUCACAGCCCUUCCCUGGCCCUGCUGCUCCCCAGGGAUCGUCAGAGUGCAACAAGAGGGUUCUGCUGUGGCACUGCUGGCAGAACGUCACCUUUGGGUGACACUGGUGCCCUGGGAGUGCUUCCUGUGCUCUCCCAUGACUGCUGGGACACUCAGCCAUGAGAGCUGUCCCCUGGCUCCUAGGGAAAUCACCCUGGGCACCCAGGAAUUCUGUUUGAUCUCGCAGCAGCGAGGACAGAGGUGGGAAGGCAAAGUAUCACAAGUAAACAUGAAAUUGUGAAUGAAUAACAGUCACUGUGUCACAGCUCAUUCCUUCCUCAUCCCAAUAUCCUUAUUCUCGAGUGUCUGUUGGAGCAGGGCUGUCACCAAGCAGCCUCUGUGUUCUGGGCUUCCAUGUUUCCCACUUUGCGCCUGGGGGUGGGAGCUUGGUUCUUGAGCAGGACUGAAAGGUGCUGGCCAAGCUGCAAGUUCAGGGACACGUUCCACCCUUGGGCUGGUGCUGAGGGCACUUGGGCUUGUCCACCAGGGCUCGUUUUGUUCCUCCAGUCCCCCUCCCACAAGUGUGGCUGGAGAGAACCAGACAUGGAUCCUGGCCUGGGUUAAAGCCAUCCAGCAGGAAAA